GUUAAUGGUGGCUGGUCAUCCUGGGGGUCAUGGGGGAGGUGCAGCCAUACCUGUGGUGGUGGGUCACAGUACCGAGAACGCAGUUGUACAAAUCCUCCCCCAAGUGGGGGUGGAAGGAGAUGCUAUGGAAGUAGUAGCAGGAGUCAAUCUUGCAACACAAAUCAUUGUCCAGGUGAGAGUGUGUAAUUGGUGUCACUUUAACUUGUCAGUCAUUAAAGUUCUGAUAUAAAUAUAGUUCAUGGUGGCUAGUCAUCCUAGGGGUCAUGGGGGAGGUGCAGCCUAACCUGUGGUGGUGGGUCAGAGUACCAAGAGCGCAGUUGUACAAAUCCUCCCCCAGGUAGGGGCAGAUGGUGGUGCUGUGGAAGUAGUAGUAGGAGUCAAUCUAGCAACACAAAUCAUUGUCCAGGUGAGAGUGUGUAAUCGGUGUUAAACCAACAAUCUUUUAUCAUCUUGAUUAUUGAUUUUGCUAGUUCCAGGUGCUCCAUGCACCUUUAGUUCGAUUUACGUAGUUUUUUAGAUAUCAAUGUUUAGUAGUUGCAAGAUUUUUACCAUACGCUGCCAUUUAGAUUUGUUAAAGUUCUGUUCAUGCCUUAUCCUUAUCUUCUUUAUUCAAAAGGUUUAAUAAAUCAGCAUUAUAUACGCAUGCAAUUUGCAAUAUCAAUGUGGAUAUCAAUGUUUAGUAGCUGUAAGGGUUCUACCAUAUGCUGGUAUUUAAAUUUUGUAAAGUUUCUUUCAUUCCUUAUUCUUAUUUGAGACGGUUAAAAUGUUGAAUGAAUUAGCAAUAUAUAUGCAAGUAAUCAUGUUCAUGAGAGCCGAAGGGAUGGAUCACCAUUGAUUUUAAAAUACUAUCAUUAAUGAAUGAGAAAAAGGACUCUUCUUCACACUAUAUCACAUUAUAUUUAUUAUUAACAUUUAAGUCCUCUAUACAUUUUUGGCUGCAAAAAAGUACAAAAAGAAGGUAAUUUCCUUUUAUAUUGAUGUUAUCUGACCAUAAUGGAAUAAGAUAAAAAAGUGAUUUUCAAAUACUAUCAUUAUUGAUAUAAGAAAAAUGACUUUUCCUCACACUAUAUCACAUUAUAUUUAUUAUUAAUAUUUAAGUCCUAAAAAAAGGCUUAAAUUGUCUGUACAUCUCUCACAAUAUCAAUUCUUUAACCUUUGACACCCUAACAUCAGUAUGCGUAUUCUCCAUAGCACGCAAGUGAGCAUGGAAAAUAUCAGCCAUAAGCUACAAUGGUUAUAACUCAUGAAUUCUUAUAGUUAUUUUUAUUUUAUAUAAUGUAAAAAACUCGAAUGAAUGGGCAAUGUUUUGUGCAUGCAGUUUACAAUAUCGGUAGGCAGUUCUUCUAUUUAGAGUCAAUAUAACUUGUUAAUCAUCUGAAGUUCUGUUAUGAAUAUAGUUGAUGGUGGCUGGUCAUCCUGGGGGUCAUGGGGGAGUUGUAGCCUAACUUGUGGUGGUGGGUCGCAGAGCCGAAAGCGCAGCUGUACAAAUCCUCCCCCAGGUCGGGGCGGAUGGCGGUGCCGUGGAAGUAGUAGCAGGAGUCAAUCUUGCAACAUAAAUCAUUGUCCAGGUGAGAGUGUGUAAUUGGUGUCACUUUAACUUGUCAGUCAUUAAAUUUCUGAUAUAAAUAUAGUUCAUGGUGGCUGGUCAUCCUGGGGGUCAUGGGGGAGGUGCAGCCUAACCUGUGGUGGUGGGUCGGAGUACCAAGAGCGCAGUUGUACAAAUCCUCCCCCAGGUAGGGGCGGAUGGUGGUGCUGUGGAAGUAGUAGUAGGAGUCAAUCUUGCAACACAAAUCGUUGUCCAGGUGAGAGUGUGUAAUCAGUGUUAAACCAACAAUCUUUUAUCAUCUUGAUUAUUGAUUUUGCUAGUUCCAGUUGCUCCAUGCACCUUUAGUUCAAUUUACGUAGUUUUUUAGAUAUCAAUAUUUAGUAGUUGCAAGAUUUUUACCAUACACUGCCAUUUAGAUUUGUUAAAGUUCUGUUCAUGCCUUAUCCUUAUCUUCUUUGUUCAAAAGGUUUAAUAAAUCAGCAUUAUAUAUGCAUGCAAUUUGCAAUAUCAAUGUGGAUAUCAAUGUUUAGUAGCUGUAAGGGUUCUACUAUAUGCUGGUAUUUAAAUUUUGUAAAGUUUCUUUCAUUCCUUAUUCUUAUUUGAAAUGGUUCAAAUGUUGAAUGAAUUAGCAAUAUAUAUGCAAGUAAUCAUGUUCACGAGAGCAGAAGGGAUGGAUCACCAUUGAUUUUUAAAUACUAUCAUUAUUGAAUGAGAAAAAGGACUCUUCUUCACACUAUAUCACAUUAUAUUCUUAUAUUAUAUUCUUUAACCUUUGACACCCUAACAUCAGUAUGCGUAUUCUCCAUAGCACGCAAGUGAGCAUGGAAAAUACCAGUCAUAAGUUACAAUGGUUAUAACUCAUGAAUUCUUAUAAUAAUUUUCAUUUUAUAUAGUAAAAAAAAACUCGAAUGAAUGGGCAAUGUUUCGUGCAUGCAGUUUACAAUAUUGGUAGGCAAGUUCUUCUAUUUAGAGUCAAUAUAACUUGUUAAUUAUUUAAAGUUCUGUUAUGAAUAUAGUUGAUGGAGGCUGGUCAUCCUGGGGGUCAUGGGGGAGUUGUAGCCUAACUUGCGGUGGUGGGUCGCAGAGCCAAAAGCGCAGCUGUACAAAUCCUCCCCCACGGUGGGGCGGAGGGUGCCAUGGACAUAGUAGCAUGAGCCAAUCUUGCAACACAAAUCAUUGUCCAGGUGAGAGUGUGUAAUCAGUGUUAAACCAACAAUCUUUUAUAAUUUUAAUUAUUAAUUUGGCUGGUUCCUGGUGCUCCAUGCACCUUUAGUUCAGUUUACAUAGUUUUUUAGAUAUCAAUGUUUAGUAGUUGCAAGGUUUUUACCAUACGCUGCCAUUUAGAUUUGUUAAAGUUCUGUUCAUGCCUUAUCUUUACCUUCUUUGUUCAAAAGGUUUAAUGAAUCAGCAUUAUAUACGCAUGCAAUUUGCAAUAUCAAUGUGGAUAUCAAUGUUUAGUAGCUGUAAGGUUUCUACCAUAUGCUGGUAUUUAAAUUUUGUAAAGUUUCUUUCAUUCCUUAUUCUUAUUUGAAACGGUCAAAAUGUUGAGUGAAUUAGCAAUAUACAUGCAAGCAAUUUGCAAUAUCCACAAGCAGUUCUUCAUUUUAUAAUAUAUUUAACUUGUUAAUCAUGUUAACCUCUGAUACAAUGAGAGUUGAUGGUGGCUUGUCAUCCUGGGGAGCAUUAGAGAGCUGCAAUGUAACUUGAGGGGGUGGAUUACAAGGGCGAGUUUUAAAGUUUUAAAGUUGUUUCUUAAUGGCUUAUUCUUGAAACAUUGUUAGUCAAUGGUGGUUGGAGUGAGUGGAGUCCUUGGAGUAUCUGCACUAAAACAGUCAGUGGCAUACAGAUAAGGUUUAGAGAAUGUUCCAAUCCAGAACCAGCAUAUGGCGGGGAACAUUGUAAUGGGAGCAGAGCACUUGUAAGGGAAUGUAACAAAAUGUCCAGCUGCCACGAAGGUAACAUACAGAUGGUAAAAUCAGUGAGUCAGAGUUUUAAUUACAAAGGGUAACAUUAAUUGAAAUACAGACAUCAUGGAUGGUCCAAAGUCUAAUCAUAGUUGAACCCCACAUUUUAUAAAGGCUAAGUCCUGUCAAAAGCCGUUGUCGUUUAAUCUACAUACUAAUAAAUUGACCUUGUCCAAAAUUAGCAUUAGCAUUACAUCGCAGCUUGAAUCACAGGCGGCCCAAGCUCCAGCUGUUAGAUGAUCAUCUUGUGCAAUAACAGUCAUGGCGGAAUUAUAAGAGUUUGUAUGGGAAUAUUUACGAACGCUUGAAGGAAUUAAAAAAUACGUCAAAUUCUCAAUAAAAAUACCUUACCUUACUUCCACAGCGUAUUACUUGUUACCUGAAACCUUACUUUGAUGAAAAGAACCCGUUUUAGCGAGUUGUCCAUUUCGAGGUUUCCCACGUACGUAAGAAAAGCCCACGUCUGAACACUCCAUUUCCGAACGUCCGAUCCGAGAAGCGAAAAAUUCCAGCGCAAAAUGACCGGGCGGCCACAAAUCCAACGCAGAAUCCAAGCACAUAUACUUUGGUUUCAUUUCAACUCACUACAAACUCAAUCUUUCCCGUGCAACCGACGCUAAACCGCAGUUUGCUUCAAAAAUGUCCAGUUUAGAGGUUUCUGCCAGCCUUCGUACACAUCAACCUUGACACACGACCGUUGAAAACCAGCUUGGUAGCCCUGCCUCCUUUUCAUAUCGCCAGGGACCAGCACCAUGGGUGCCAAUGUUACGGUGUGGUCCCCGGCCAGGCCCAGUUUAAAAAGGAGGCAGAGUUACCAAGCAAGGCCAUUUUUCACUGGGAUUUUUCGCUUCUCGGAUCGGGCGUUCGGAAAUGGAGUGUUCAGCCUUGGGCUUUUCUUAUGUACGUGGAAAACCUCGAAAUGGACAACUUGCUAAAAUGGGUUCUUUUCAUCGAAGUAAGCGGUCAGAUAACAAGUGAUACGCUGUGGAAGGUGAGGUAUUUUUACUGAGAAUUCGACGUACUUUUUAAUUCCAUAGAGCGGUCGUAAAUAUUCCCAUACAAACUCUUAUAAUUCCGCCACGACUGUUAUUGCGUAAGAUGAUCAUCUCACAGCUGGAGCUUGGGCCGCCUGUGCUUGAAUAAAGUUGUUUUCAUUAGUAUUAUCAUUAUCAUUUUCUCACUUGUUAUUAUCAUCAGGAUCAUAUCGUUAUCAUUAUUAUUAUCCAGGCGGUGUGCGCACUCCGAUUGCAUUGCAUUGGGGUAGCUUUAUUUUCAAUAUGGCGGUGAAAGCGGCAGAAAUCGGCAGAUUUUAACUGAACAUUCCGUAAAAGUUACGCCGCUCCUUUUUCCUUUCACCAUAGGUAAAUAUAACCUGAUUUAUUCUGAAUGUGUAAAAGUAUUUUUUGUACGUAGUUGUCGCGUAUUCUAUAGUUCUCAAGGACAAACGCGAUCACUGUUUUUUUAGUAUGUAAUUUGAGACCAGUUUUCGAAAAGGUCAAAUUUGAUGUACGUCGUAGUUUGGAGCCUUUCAAAGAUUUGGAUGGCCGCUUUGAUCCUUCUUCAACAGCUCUGACUAAACACUCUCAAACGCUCUCCAACGGUACACGUGUUUCGCGCAUUUUAAGUGCUAGUGUUUGAGACCGAUUAUGACCAAAAAAGGCCUAUUGUUGCGUUACACAGCGUUUAACUAUUGUAUACUCAAUUGUGUAGUAAAUCUACUUUUCUAAGUAGAAGCAAAUUAACUCAUCGUGAGUGUUGUAUGGUAAAUCUACUAUCUUGAUCACUGAAUGAAGGACAGUUGAAUUAGAGCAAUGAAAGAAGUCAUUUGGCCACUGAAUAACUCUACAAUGCACGCGGCGACACGCCGGGUAAGCCGGAAAGCAAAAUGCAGUCAAUCGUGAAAAGGUGUUGAUAGGCUUGUGAGACUCCUGCCAUUCGCUGGCGCUUUUAAAUCUUCUGACCUGAAAACUUAGCUGUUAUAAACAUAUCUUUUAAUGACUCUUCUCUGCGAUGUGAUAAUAAGGGUUAGUUUUAAGGUGUAAUUUCCCUGUCUGUAUGUUCUUGAGGUUUGGCAAAGCCGAAUGAGAUCGUGUUACAAAAGGUAAUAUGUUCAUGUGUGCGCGCUAUUUUCUUUGUUUUCAAGUAUACUGUCUCUCCCACAGAAGAUAACUCCAGAGAUAUGGUUUUCAAAACCUUAUUUUAAGUAUUCUCUAUUCUUUUAAGCAUAUUUGAAAUCUGUAUGUUUUUUUAUUAAAUGUUGAGCAUGACGAAUUUGGUCUAAGAAGGCGUAACGCUUCUCCUUUUGUGAAUCCCGUAUUUACACCUUUAAGUGGAUGACAUGAAAAAUAAUUUGUAUAAGAAGGUAGCUGUCUCUUUGUAAUGAGUUUGUAUGUCAAGGGUUGAUUCCUUAUUAAAUAACUCGGGAAUUUGAUAUUAUUCACACAGCCAUCGGCUGUGAGUGUAACUGCAGCCAAAUGAAUAGAUUCUUGGCCAAGGCUGCAGUUUUGAUUCUUUCUGAAUCUCUUCAGUUGCCUCCUAACAACAAGUUUGUCACAGAGUAAUAACAGGAGUUGCGCAGGCCUGCCAACGCUUUUUAACUUUCGAAGGAAUGGCAACAGCAGUGAAUCCCCAUUAUAUUCAACAUCUAUUUGCACUAUCUUGCUGCCACUAGAGAUGUUCACUCAACUGCGACAGGAUAUAAAUGACUCACUUUUCAUUUUACAACCAUCAUGCAACACAAUCAGAGUGUGCACACUGCCUGGUUAUUAUCAUACAAUCCCUAUUACUAUUAUUGCAAAUGUUUAUGUUACUUUAGUAUUAUCAUUUAUAUUGUUAUUAUCCUCAUUACAGUGUGCACUGUUGUCAUCCGUAAGCAUUUAGUGCUAAGUUUCUUGUCAAUCACUACUGAAAUAUUUAGUUUCUUGAUAGAAUAGCAUGGGAUGUCUGAUGUGAGCAGUAUCAAUUAUUUUUUUUUUUUAAACUGGUCCUGAAAGAUACUAUUUCAUUUCAGGCUGAUGAUUAUGUUUCUAACUCUCUUAGAAUUGGUAUUAACAUAUGAAACUAAGUACCUAUUUGGGGCAAUCAUCAAGAGGGCCUCUCAAGAUAUACAUAUCCUUUUGUAUUAUUUCUUUCAUCAGUAUUUCCACUGCGCUUUAAAACAGAGAGCAAUCCAUCAGUUGGUACAAUGGAAAUCCAUACAAACAGCAGCUGGAAAAAGCUUUGCACCAGUACAUGGAAUAAAGUUGAAGUAGAUUUGACGUGCAUCGCAAUGGGAUACUCUAACAGCAGUGAUUAUGGUAGAUGGUAUGAAGACAGUGGCAUUGUAUCAGAGGCAUCUACUAAUUUCAACUGCACCACCACUUUGACUAAAUGUGAAGAAAGCUUCUCAAACAAACUGCAAUUCUGCAAAGGUAUUAACCAAUUAUGCAUUUUGGACUCUGUUGUCAGAUCUAUUUCAGUCUUUACAUCCUAUUCUAGGUACCUUUAUAGACUUGAUCAUAAUUCCAGUGGUAGACCUUGCCAAAACAUCCUUUCUUGCUUUGGUAAUUGAUUAUGUACUAGUGUUUUCUUGAAGACUGCUCUCUAAAAAAAUAUGAUAUAUAUUGACAAUUAGGUUUUUUUGAGGAAUAAUUUAAAUUGUUGAAGGCGUAAAGAGGCCCAAAAAUGAUACCUGAACAGCUGCCUAUCAAAUAACCUGUACAGCUAAAUUGGAUUUCUAAACCUGUAUGAACACCUUGCACUUUUAAAUUUCUUCCUAAUCCUGCUGUCUCCUUCUCUUAUCCAUAUUUCUUCCUUUUAUAAAUUCACUGUUAACUUAUCUUUACUGAUUGCUCAAUAUUUUGUGACUUUAUAAGUUCCCGUUCGCUUGAAUGGUGCAAAUGUAAAGUAUGGUGGUAGAGUGGAAGUAUUUUACAAAGGGAAAUGGGGAAAAAUCUGUACCAAUGGAUGGGAUUUCAAUGAUGCCCAAGUUAUUUGCCGUCAACUUGGCUUUGAAGAGGCUCUUGCUGAAUUCAUUGGCUCAAACGUAGAGGAUGGAAACAUUACUUCUGUAAUGGCGGAUGUUUCCUGCAAUGGAGAGGAGGUAGAACUUGCAUCUUGUGCACGCACUGAUGGAAAGUUAAAUGUCCCUGGUCAAUGUCGAGGAGAUAGCAAAGGUUCUCAAGCACUGUGUCAACCAAGUAAGUAAGAUAUUAAUAACGUCGAGGUGGAAAUUCCUAAAGGUGACUGGUCCUCAUGAAUAGUCACGUGUUUAAAGUUAAACAUCAAAGAUCAAGAUAUUAUUAGUUUUGAAACAAACUAAUGCCAAAAUACUGAGACAGAAUGAACUGAUAAUUGUGCUACUUGAAAACAUUUCUUUCAGAGAAUGAAGAAGUAUUGGGAAAAGAGAAUCUUUACUUUGAUAUUGGCAGCAAUGAAAUCCUUCACUGCUCAAUACGUAACAAAACCAGUUUUGCGAGAUGGGUCAUUAAUGGUCAAAAGGUGCAAAGGAUGAAUUCUUCUUCUAAGAGGGUCAAGGCCACAGAAGAUGGUAAACUGGUCAUAGAAAAUGUGCAGUUGUCUGAUGGAGGAACAUAUGAAUGCCUCAGACUGGAAUAUGUUCAGUAUUACACGGUUUACAUUAAUGGUAGGAAAAUCCUUUUCAACACAUUUAGAAGACCUUAAUUGCCUCAUUGUAGAGUAAGUUAACAUAGAAGUAAAUGUGCCCGGCACUCACAAUAUAGACACACAAUAGGGACUAGUUAGCUCUUCUUCAUUGCGGCUUCAGUAAGUGGUUAUUUUCUUUAUUUAUUUCAACAGCAAGAUUCACUGAGAACACUAGAGACCAACAGAGCCUCACUGCUUACACAUCUGGUACUAUAAACUGUGGUGCUGAAGGAACACCACGUCCACAGAUAACCUGGAGGAAACAAGGAGAAAAGUUAGUACUUAAUGGAAGAAGAUUCACUCAAAUUCCCAGUGGCAGUCUACAGAUUGAUCCUGUUCACCCUGAAGACAGUGGCACAUACAGAUGUACUGUGACACAAAAUAAAGGAUCAAAAAGGGUCACAAGCAGACAUAAAAGCAUAAAUGUGUCUGUUAUAGGUGAGUAAGUUAUUGGAAAAAACUGAAACUGGUUCGGUCAUUAUACCAACACGUAAUAAUAGUAAAAAUAGUGAUAAAAACUUUAUUUCAGUGUCAAACCAUGAAGCCUGAGGAAUCCAUGCCAAUAAGGGAACACAGACUAAUACAAAAUACAAAACUUAAACGACUAAAAUAUCUACCCUAAAAUAUGAAUAGUACAAAAUGCAGUCUAAAAUAUAUUAAAGAUGAAGCUAAACAUUAUAGGUAACUAUCAAUAGCUGAUCUUAAGAAUUUAGUCAUUAAGUAGUUCAGUUGCAUGUAGAUAAUGCUGGUAAGAUGGGUUUUUGAUUUCAUUUAUUGAGGUUAAAACAAUCUUUGUUACUCUUUUUUGAAGGGCUUUUAAUUUUUUGCUGAUAGGCAUUUCUGUAAGGUCACCUUAUAUGUUCCAAUGAUUUGUUGUUUUUAGCUGUUCAAAAAGGACUUUCAUCUGGUUAUUCAAAUUAGUCAGAUGAAAAUGCAUUUUCUAAUUUAUACACUGAUGUUAGUAACCCAAAAGGAAAUUGCUCUUUAGGAUAUUUCUAUUAUGUGUGUAUAACUAAAGCCACUGUGUUUUAACUUUUUUACUUGUUUAUUCAAAGUUCGACCAGAGGUGAGAAUUUCAGGAGCAAGCAAUCUAAUCAGAGAAGGAGACACUGUGACUUUGACUUGUAAAAUCAUUCAAGGUCAGCCUCAGCCGCAGAUAACCUGGCUUAAGAAUAACUUAUCUGAAGGACACAACAUGUCUCUCUCCUUUCAUAAGAUAACACAGAAAGACACAGGUCUGUAUACCUGUGAAGCGAAAAAUCCUGGAGGAAUUUUUGCUGAAAACAUCUAUAUUUCUGUUAAAGGUAAGUUUUUAAGUCUAAAACUGGAUUUUAAACCAUUCAGUUGUGUAAGCUGCGGCGGGAUAGACUCUGGACUAAUUGCUUUGGUUAAGGUACUGGUCAGGAUCAUUGUGCUGUCUUCUUGAGUGAGGAAAUACCUCCAUCUAGUUGGAGGGUUUUCUUCUUGAAUCUCUUCCUUCUUUUAACAUUUACUUUAAAAUUUUGAACUGCAAAUCAAUAUGAUACAUACGUACUGCUGGUUAGUCGAGCAAGAUCAUUUCUGUAGUAUCCUCUUGGAUGACAGGCCUCGCCUGCAUGGUGCCUGACUCUCCACACAGACAGUGGAGCUACGCUAUUGGUGGGAAUGUGGUGACGAGAAAACACGAAUAAAUUAGUUGAGCACUUUUCAUUCAACUAAUUUAUUCUUGUUUCUCAUCACUAUAUUCCCACCAAUAGCGUAGCUCUAUUUUCUGCAUAUAAACCCACACACAAUCCACAACUCCUCCAAUUAAUCUGGCAAAGGACUAAUGCUUGAAAUGUCAGCCUUUAAGUUCUUUACGGUGGCCAAUUUAUGUUUUCAACUCAGUUGAUAACACUCAAUUACCCUGUUAUACUCUCCCACUGACGCAGCACCAAAGUUUUUUUAGAAACUUACCCCCUUUCUCCACACAGAUGUAGUGUUGAACUUAUAAGAGAAAUUAACAAUUGAUAAGUGAUAGUAACUAAUUUCCGUUACUUCUGUUUCAUUCCUUUUGAUUGAUGACCAAGAAAUCUCUUGUGGUUCCCUAUUAUUCACAAAUCAGACUCAAAGAAUCUGCUACAACAUUAUAUUUUGCUAACAAGUUUAAAUUUCGAAUUCCAUAUGGCAAUGAUGCGGUGGUAUUGGUGGUUAGCCGUGCAAAAUCAUUUGUGUAAGUCUCUGAGGAUGACAGUCUUCACUCUCAUGAUGCCUAAAUCUCCACCAGGAAUUUUAAUGAACUUUUAGGAAAAACCCUUACUAGUUGUUAAGGGUUUGUAAUUAAUUUUCCGAGCUUGAUCCUUAAGCGAAGAGUCACGCGUGAUUUGCGAUCAUUCACAAGUUCAAUAGGAAAUAUUUUUCUCUCAAUUUAACGUGUAGUUGAAUCCUUCUUCAGUAAACUUAGAAGUGUGGCGCUUGCUUCCAACUUUUUGUUUCUUAGCUUACUUAUAUUACACAGCUGCUAUUUGUUAGUCAUUGGCUGGAGCAAUGAGUUGGAACCAAAACAAAAUGUCUGCCAUGACAAUAUUUUCUCUGUAUCUGUUAAUAUUAUCUCAUCAUGACUUUUAUUUUAAAUUUUUCUUUUUAGUUCCACCACAUCUAAAUCCUGAACUCAAGAAUCUUUCAGUCCAACUGAACUCCACAUUUGAAACAGAUUGUUUCAAAAGGGGUGAUCCUCCAGUAUAUGUCAACUGGACCAAGGAUGGAAAAGCUCUUGAUAACAAAAAUACAUUAGUUAUUAAGCGCAUGACACUUGAUCAUGGAGGUUUCUAUGAAUGUGCUGCUGAAAAUCAGGUUGGAAAAGUUAACAUCUCCUUCUGGAUCGAUGUCACUGGUAAAUCAAAAUCAUUCUAUGAAUAUUUACAAACAGUGCUUGGUUUGUCUUCGAUUUGGAUACCUCAGUAAGAUUGAUAUCUAGAUUUAAAGUGGAUGCUCACUUUAGUUAUGUUGGUAUAAACUAAGGUUUUCAUGUUAUUAAUAUAUUUAGGGGUCUAACAUACCCAUUUGAAAUGUGAUAUCCCUAUCUAUUCCCUGUAUAGAAUCCAGGUAAUAUCUCUAACUUCUGAAAAUACACGUAUUUAGCAGACUCAAAAAUAUCUUCUCACACAUUUAACGACUGCAAAAUGACCUGUGGUUGUCCAGUUCUAUCUUGAGAACCUUGAUUGAAGAUUAACGGUGCCUUUUUUUAUUUCCAGUUUCUCCUCAGAUCAAACUGUCUCUGAUAAACCAGUCUGUUAUUGAUGGAGACUCAGUCAACUUUACUUGCCGUGCCACAGGUGUUCCAACACCAAAUCUGACCUGGACAUUUAAUGACGGUAAACUUCCAUCAGGUACUGAAGAAAACAAUUUAGAGGGAGACUCAUUUGUAGAAUUAUUUCUGGAAAUGCAGAAAAUAACGAAGAAAAUGGAAGGAAUAUACAAGUGUACAGCUAAAAACAAAGCAAAUACAACCAGUUCCUCCACAACACUUCACGUUUUUGGUAGGUAGACAAUACUAAUGAGAAUGAUAGUAAUCACAAUUUUAGUGAUAUAUAUGAUAAUAAUGAUAAUGGAUCUCUUGUAAACAAUGAUUAUAUAUGAUGCCUUCAUCUUUUGAGUUUAUCUCCCUUGCUGGUGAAUAGAAUGUAAGUCGGAGAUGGUGAUUAGUCUAAGAGUUGAUCAAAAAUAACCAAGAGCUUGUUGAGACUGGUUUUUGAAAAAACCGUUUAGAGAUUGAUUUUCGAACAUAAUUUUGGAAAUUGUGUGAGAAACUAAAGCCCAUGUGAGCAGCUGGUUGGGUUUAACGUAUCUGGGAAAAAUGAUGAAUUCUUGGAAAGAUACUCGUUGUGCUCGCAUGUGCAGUUCACCAAUGGUUUGGGGUGACUCCUCAAUGUGAUAGCUUUGCAAAGUUUUUUUAAUGGUCACCCCACUCAUUUUGGCCAGGUAAUGCCAUUGUACCUUUUAACAAAAACUCUUUUCAAGAGCCAUUUACCUUACAAUUUUCGUUCAGAGGGUUGCUUUUGGAUUCUUCUGGGUCCAUGAUAAUUACAUUACUAAAGAUAUUAUCAGUGAAGCUGUUCUAGUCUGAUUCUAAGUUUUCUUUUUCUCAACACAGAAAAACCCACUGCUCAAAUAACACCAAAUUCACAAUUAAUACUUGCCACAGAUGAUGAGCUCACAUUAGCUUGCAGCGUCAACGAAGCAACAGUAAAUAUCACUUGGAAAAAAGAUGGAGACCCAAUAAAAAAAAGGGCAGACAUUGAUACACAAUUGAAUAAGAAAACAAGUUACCUGGUUAUUGCAAAGGUUGUGGAAGAGGACAGUGGUAAAUAUUCCUGCGAAGCUCGUAACAGACUGAGGAAUAUGGCCCGCUCCACUGUGACAAUAGAAGUCAAACGUAAGCUAUUAUUAUUGUAGUGUCUACCAUUAACCAUUAAAGGUCGUUUAUUUUUGAUGAAACUGCUCCUUUUCCAAUCUUUUUUUUAGGAAACUGUAAAUCAGAGUUUACAAUAUGGGUCCACUGGCUUUUAGAAGCAGUAGCACCAACUUGUAGAGACUCGAAUAAUUUGUUGCAAUAUCCUCAUGAUUGUUUGUUUUCUAUUCAGGUGUUGCAAUUGGUCUACAUCCAAUUUACAAUAAUUGAAGGUCGUUUCUUAAUUCAAAACAAGAUUUGAAUGGCGUAGCUCAUCCAUUCAUAAUUCUGAAUUACCUUUUCAUAAAGUUAUGAGCAGGCAAAAAUCUAGCUUAAAGUAGUACGCCAGCCUGGAUAGAUGUAGUUGCUAAAAUUUAGCAGAUCAGAUCAUCACCUUAAUUUGAAGUGUCUGAUGUUUCCUGCACUUUUAAUGAGUUAGAACUGGCAUAUCGCGCUCAGAUUGGUGGGAAGUCAAAUUUUCCAGGUAAGUGGCGUGGAGAUGGCAAAGGUUUUUUAUUCUUGUGUCAACCAAGUAAGUAACGUACUGACAGCGCCAGAAUGAAACUUCCUAGAGGUUGCUGGUCGUCACGACCAUUCAUUUGUUUGCAGUGUUUACAUGUUUACAUUCAAGAUCUAGAUACAAAUGUACCUGUAACGAUAAUCUUAUCGUUUUUUUCUUAUAUUUUUCUUUCUAGGUCCACCACAUCUAAAUCCUGCACUCAAGAAUCUUUCAGUCACACUGAACUCCACAUUUGAAACAUAUUGUUUUAAAAGGGGUGAUCCUCCAGUAUCUGUCAACUGGACCAAGGAUGGAAAAGCUCUUUGUAGCAACAAUACAUUAGUUAUUAAGCGCGUGACCUUUGACGAUGGAGGUUUCUAUGAAUGUACUGCUGAAAAUCAGGUUGGAAAAGUUAACAUCUCCUUCUGGAUCGAUGUUACUGGUAAAUCAAAAUCAUUUUAUGAAGAUUUACAAACGAUACUUGGUUAGUUCACGUUGUAGAGCGCUCUACUGCUGUGCGAUAGUUCAAGCCCUGGACUGGACCAACUUAAAAGUCGUUCAUUUUCGAUGAAACUGCUCCGUUUCCAAUCUUUUUUCUAGGAAACUGUAAAUCAGAGUUUACAAUAUGGGACCACUGGCUUAUAGAAGCAGUAGCACCAACUUGUAGAGACUCGAAUAAUUUGUUGCAAUAUCAUCAUGAUUGUUUGUUUUCUAUUCGGGUGUUGCCAUUGGUCAACAUCCAAUUUACAAUAAUUGAAGGUCGUUUCUCAAUUCAAAACAAGAUUUGAAUGGCGUAGCUCAUCUAUUCAUAAUUCUGAAUAACCUUUUCAUAAAGUUAUGAGCAGGCGAAAAUCUAGCUUAAAGUAGUACGCCAGCCUGGAUAGUUGCAGUUGCUAAAAUUUAGAAGAUCAGAUCAUCACUUUAAUUUGCAAUGUCUGAUGUUUCCUACACUUUUAAUGAGUUAGAACUGGCACAUCGCGCUCAGAUUGAUGGGAAGUCAAAUUUCCCAGUUAAAUGGCGAUGAGAUGGCAAAGGUUUUUUAUUCUUGUGUCAACCAAGUAAGUAACGUACUGACAGCGCCAGAAUGAAAUUUCCCAAAGGUUGCUGGUCGUCACGACCAUUCAUUUAUUUGCAGUUACCAAUGUACCUGUAACGAUAAUCUUAUCGUUUUUUUCCUUUAUUUUUCUUUCUAGGUCCACCACAUCUAAAUCCUGCACUCAAGAAUCUUUCAGUCCCACUGAACUCCACAUUUGAAACAUAUUGUUUUAAAAGGGGUGAUCCUCCAGUAUCUGUCAACUGGACCAAGGAUGGAAAAGCUCUUGGUAACAACAAUACAUUAGUUAUUAAGCGUGUGACUUUUGACGAUGGAGGUUUCUAUGAAUGUGCUGCUGAAAAUCAGGUUGGAAAGGUUAACAUCUCCUUCUGGAUCGAUGUUACUGGUAAAUCAAAACCAUUGUUUGAAGAUUUACAAACGGUGCUUGGUUAGUUCACGUUGUAGAGUGCUGUACUGCCGUGCGAUAGUCCAAGUCCUUGACUUGACCAACUUAGAGUCUUAAAUAGACGAGGAGAAUGUGCUGCCUUUGCUAUGGCAUGGGCAAAUGGAUAAGCAUUCUAGUUUCUUGGAUAAGGAGAAUAAACCGUAAGCCCCGUCUCCUGCAUUUUCUCUACGCUGGUUAGAAGGGGACUUUAACAAACCCACACACUUCUUGCAAAGAGUAGGGAACGUAGCCUUAUCUGGUCUGGUCUAGUCAUAGUUCACACAGGCCCUCUAUUUUAAGCAGCUUUGAGCUGAACAAGGCUAGCCUAGCUAAAUAUCCCAUGUUCAUACAUACAUACAUACAUUCAUAUUCCAUUUUACUGUGGCGUUUUGAUCUUUUAUGAACAUUUCUGAAGCUGAACUCAACUUCAAAGGAAACGAUAGCAGCUUUUUGAAGACGCUUUUGUUUAUGUUGGACAUUUGAAUAGGAUUUCCACAAUCCGAGUUUAUUCAUUUGUUUGUAAAUUUGUCUUUGAUUAGGAUACGUCAUUCAUAUUGAUAUCUUUAAAUGAAUGGAAAAUUGCAUUCUGCAUAUGAGUAUAAAUUAAUAUUUUUAUGCCAGUAAUAUCCACAUGUUCCCGUGUACAGUGUGCAGGUGAUUCUAUUACCUCAGGAAAUUCAUGUACUUAGAAGACUCUCAAAUUUGCUCUUCUUACUGCCAGACUACUUGUGGUUAUUCGAUUGUAUCUUGAGAACCUUUGUUGAACAUCAGUGGUGCUCUUUUUAUUUUCAGUGAGUCCUCAGAUUGUAUUGUCUCCGGUAAACCAAUCUGUUAUUGAUGGAGACCCAGUAAACUUUACUUGCCGUGCUACAGGUGUUCCAAUACCAAAACUGACCUGGACAUUUAAUGGCGGUAAACUUCCACUGGGGAUCAAUAAAAAAAAUUUUAAGGGAGACUCAUUCCAGGAAUCAUUCCUGAAAAUACAGAACGCAACAAAGAAAGUGGAAGGAACAUACAAGUGUACAGCAAAAAGCAAAGCAAAUGGAACAAGUUAUUCCACAAUACUUCAAGUAUUUGGUAGGUUCAAUAAUUAUAAUGAUUAUGAUGAUAAUAAUUGUAAUACUGACAGGGAUGGUGUUGAUUGUAAUAAUGAAAGUAAUAGUAAUCUUAAUUUUAAUAGCAAUAAGGGUAAUGAGGGUGAUGGAUCCGUUGCAACAAUGAUGAUUAACGAUACCUUCCAAAUAUGAGGUGAAAACGGUGGCUGGUGGCUAGAAGUUGCCUAAGAAGAACUAAUAGCUUGUUACGAAUGAGAUGGAGUCUCGAUGCCCCUGGAAUUUCUCCAAGACAAUGGAGUCAAAGAGUGCAAAGACAAGCUUGAGUGAAAAAUAUCGUAAUGAAUUGUGGGAAAGAUAGUCGUUGCACAUUCACCAUUUACCAGUUGUUUAAGAUGACUCUUCCAUACAAUCACUUUGUGACAUUUUGUUAUGGUCACUCUGAUCAUUUUGAUCCAAAAGCUUUUGAUCACUGCGAUGAUCUGUAGCUCUGUAUAGGGCAAUAUGUCUUUAUAAUAAGAAACAAAGGGCCGUGUCUCGGUUUAUUUAGAAGCAUCUUUGAAUGGGGUCUGAGACCUUUUGGCAAAUCUUCAGAAACAUUUUGGACAAGUAUUUCAAACCCCUUUUGAAAUGCCUUGGAAGCCAAGUUUCACUCAAAUUGACAAGUUAUACCCCGUAUGUACCAUUUGGAGGGUUGAUUUCGGAUCGCUAAGUUUCUAUGAUAAUUACCUUACUAAAGUAUCGUGAGUGAAGUUUUUUUUUAUAUGAAAAUCAAGUUAUGUAUACAUUAUCUCUUUCCCUCAACACAGAAAAACCCACCGCCAAAGUGAGUCCAAAACCAUACCCAACGCUCACUGAAGGUGAUAAGCUGCGGUUAACUUGCAGUGUCAACCAAGUAACAGUACAUAUCACUUGGAAAAAAGAUGGAGACCCAAUAAAAGAAAGAGCAGUCAUUGAUACGCAAUUGGAUGAGACAACAAGUUAUCUGGUUAUUACAAAGGUUGUGGAAGGGGACAGUGGUGAAUAUUCCUGUGAAGCUGGUAACGGACUAGGAAAUGUGGCCCGCUCCAUUGUGAUGAUAAAAGUCAACCGUAAGCUGUCAUUAUUGUAGCGUAGAAACAUUCUAGAAUUUAACAGCAAUAAAUCAUUCGACUAAACGGAACCAGAAACUUUAAACAUGCUAUCGGCUGUUUUUGUUUUGGUGGCUAGAGGUUAAAGGUUGCCCAAAAAGAACUGACAGCUUGUUAAGAAUGAGAUGGAGUCUCGAUACCCCCGGAAUUUCUUCAGGACAAUUGAGUCAAAGAGUGCAAAUGCAAACGGAGUCUAAUGAACAUAGGAAAAUACCGUAACGAAUAGUAGAAAAGACAAUCGUUGGGCAUGCACCAUUUCUCAGUUGUUUAAGAUGACUCUUCCAUAUAAUCACUUUGCGACAUUUUGUUAUGGUCCUCUGGUCACUCUGAUCAUUUUGAUCACAAAGGUUUUGAUUAAUGCAAUGAUUUGUAGAUUUGCAUGGGGCAAUAUGUCUUUACAAUAAAAACAAAGGGGUGGGUCUCGGUUUACGAAAAAGUAUCUUGGAAAUUCGGUUGGAUGGGGUCCAACCUUUAGCAAAUCUUCAGAAGUAUUUUGGAAAAGUAUUUCAAACCCCUUUUGAAAUGCUUUUAAAGCCAAGUGUCACUCAAAUUGGCACGUUCUAUUCCGUAUGUACCAUUUGGAGGGCUGAUUUCGGAUCACUAAGUUUCUAUGAUAAUUACCUUACUAAAGCAUCUUGAGUGAAGUUUUUUUUAUAUGAAAACCAAGUUAUGUAUACAUUAUCUCUUACCCUCAACACAGGAAAACCCACCGCCAAAGUGAGUCCAAAACCAUACCCAACACUCACUGAAGGUGAUAAGCUGCGGUUAACUUGCAGUGUCAACCAAGUAACAGUACAUAUCACUUGGAAAAAAGAUGGAGACCCAAUAAAAGAAAGAGCAGUCAUUGAUACGCAAUUGAACGAGACAACAAGUUAUCUGGUUAUUGCAAAGGUUGUGGAAGGGGACAGUGGUGAAUAUUCCUGUGAAGCUCGUAACAGACAAGGAAAUGUGUCCCGCUCCAUUGUGAUGAUAAAAGUCAACCGUAAGCUGUCAUUGUUGUAGCGUAGAAACAUUCUAGAAUUUAGCAGCAAUAAAUCAUUCGACUAAAUGGAACCAGAAACUUUAAACAUACUAUCGGCUGUUUUUUUUUUGGUGGCUAGAGGUUAAAGGUUGCCCAAAAAGAACUGACAGCUUUUUAAGAAUGAGAUGGAGUCUCGAUACCCCUGGAAUUUCUUCAGGACAAUUGAGUCAAAUAGUGCAAAUACAAACGGAGUGUAAUGUACCAAGGAAAAUAACGUAACGAAUUGUGGGAAAGAUAAUCGUUGCGCAUGCACCAUUUAUUAGUUGUUUAAGAUGACUCUUCCAUAUAAUCACUUUGCGACAUUUUGUUACGGUCACUCUGAUUAUUUUAAUCUCAAAGAUUUUGUUAAAUGCAAUUAUUUGUAGAUUUGCAUGGGGCAAUAUGUCUUUAUAAUAAAAAACAAAAGGCUGGGUCGCGGUUUACGAAGAAGCAUCUUGGAGAUUCGGUUGGAGGAAGUCCAACCUUUGGCAAAUCUUCAGAAAUAUUUUGGACAAGUAUUUCAAACCCCUUUUGAAAUCCCUUUAAAGCCAAGUUUCACUUAAAUUGGCACGUUCUAUCCUGCAUGUACUAUUAAGAGGGUUGAUUUCGGAUCACGAAGUUUCCAUGGUAAUUACCUUACCAAGGUCUCUUGAGUGAAGUCUUUUUUUCAAUAUGAAAACCAAGCUAUGUAUACAUUAUCUGUUUCCCUCAACACAGAAAAACUCACCGCCAAAGUGAGUCCAAAACCAUACCCAACGCUCACUCAAGGUGAUAAGCUUCGGUUAACUUGCAGUGUCAACGAAGUAACAGUAAAUAUCACUUGGAAAAAAGAUGGAGACCCAAUAAAAGAAAGGGCAGUCAUUGAUAAGCAAUUGGGUGAGACAACAAGUUAUCUGGUUAUUGCGAAGGUUGUGGAAGAGGACAGUGGUGAAUAUUCCUGCGAAGCUCGUAACAGACUAGGAAAUGUGGCCCGCUCUAUUGUGAUGAUAAAAGUCAACCGUAAGCUUGCAUUCUUGUAGCGUAGAAACAAUCUAAAAUUUAAUAGCAUUAAAUCAUUCGACCAAAUGGAACCAGAAACUUUAAACAUGCUAUUGGCUGUUUUUUGCUUUUGUUUUUUUUGUGCGUGUGCUUGUGUGUGUAUGUUAGGUGUAAGUCUGAUAUUAAAAUAUGGGUUCUUUGGCCUUUUAGAUUCUGUAGAACCUCCCUUUAGAUACCCAAAUAAUUAUCAUCAUUAUUGUUUGUUUCCUUUUUGGCAAAAGGAAUUGCUCUACAUCCAUUUAACAGAAGGGCAGGUAAUUCCUCAAUCCAAAACAAGAUUCUAGUUAGGUCUUUUCCAUAUAGUUUUGAUUUAUCUUUCUAUGAAUCGCUUCCAUAAAGUAGUAGUCAUUUCUAAUGAGCCAGCGAAGCUCCGGGGAAAAAUAGUAUCCAGUGGGGCUGGCUAAUACUGGUUAACAACCUUUUCCUUAUUACCACAUGUACUACCUUUUUCUUUUGGCUAAGAACCAUUCGUUUAACUUACACCAACAGCUGUGAGUUCAUUCCUGGUGUGGUAUUAUAUUGUUGGAUCAAUGGCUGCUGUCAUUGUUAUUUUGCUCAUAGGCUGCUUUUUUUGGAAACGUCGAAGGACAGGUAAAGCUCAUUCUUCAUAUUUUGUUUUGGGUAAUUUUUCCAGAGAAUAUUACGUUGUGUGAGAAGAAAAAAUUUAACCAGUUUACGUUUACUUUUACUUCCAAUCGUUCUCCUCAAGUUCGCUAGUAGGUAGGUAUUAAUAUCAUCUCGGUUUGCAGGAAAAAGUAAACCUUUGAGGCACUAUUGGCAUGUUUCUACUGUUUCUUGUCUUGCCAUCUUAUCUGAUUUAUAAUCUUUUAUUAACCACUGAUCAAAGUGCAUGACAUUUUUAUUUAAAUAUUCAAGUUAAGGCAGAACUUAUUGUCCUUCUCUAUUUCUUCCUUUGAUUUACUAUUUGGACCUACAGCGGCUGCUACGGCUCUGUAAGUCAAUUAGUUUGCCUUUUAUUCACUAAAUUGAAUUUUUUUUUGUUUAAAAUUGAAGUUGGGUUUAAAUCUUACCGUCAUGUCAACCAUUCCAUUUGGAAAGUGAACUAGAAUGGUAGUCUGCGUAAACGAGUAGUUCUACAAUUUUAGUUUUUCUGCACAAGAAAAUGUUUUUUUUUUAUCUCUAGAAAUUGAAGAAGUCAGUCAAACAAUUUAGAGACUCAAAACUUUUGCGUAACUUCUUUUUCCUUGAUUGCGUGCACUUUGAUUUAUCAAUAGAAAUUGUAUGAUUUUCAUAAAAUUUAGUCCUGAUCAAGGGGAAACAGUAGAGAUGGAGCUGUUGAAUGUAGAAGUGGAUGAAUGGGAGAUUGAAGUGAACCGUAUCCUGCUUCAAGAUGUCAUUGGGCGAGGGGCAUUUGGAGCAGUGUGGAGAGCUCUUCUUAGUUCUCCAAAUGGGAGACCUGGAAAUCGCACAGUUGCUGCUAAAUGCUUUACACGUAAGAUCCAUUCAACUAUCUCUCCUCAAAGCACAUGGAUGGGUACUUAGAGUUUCUUGCCAAGGGUGAUUUGCACUUUCCAGUGAUCAUUUAUCUCAGGUCGACUAAGGCGCUCUGAGAGAUUCAUGCAAAGUUAUUUUGUAUAACAAAAGCAACAAUUAAACAAUAGAGGCAUCAAUAGCAAUAAAAAAUUUUAAGAUAGCAUUCAUGUGGCGCAAUCGUGAACCAAAGAAAAUAUGAAUUCCUCGAAAGGAUUCGCUCGCCGACCGGUUCCAUUUUUGUAAUUGUGAGCUCCACCAACUGGGCUUCAAAGACCUCUUAAGAUGCGAGGUCUAAAUCCUCACCCGAAAUUUUCGCUUCUUAAGCACGAGAAAAUUCGUCAAUAAGCAAUUUUUUCCCCGGUUAUAAAGUAUUUCCUUUUUAUUGUAGCCACCGCUGGGGAGGAAGGAAGAAAAUGUUUGAUGAGAGAAAUCGAGUUGGGAAAAAUUCUCGGUGACAGCAAUCAGCUAAACAUAGUAAAGUUCAUUGGCUGCGUCACUAGACAAGGUACAUACUAAGUUUAAGGCGUCAUUCUUGUUAUUUGCAAUAAUAUUUCAACUGUUUGUUUGUUUGUUUUCUUUUACUAAUUCGUUCCUUCUUUUCGUUAUUUUAAGUUCAUCCGAUCCUUAUCAUGGAACAUUUGCCAUGUGGUGACCUGCUUGGUUACAUGAGAAAAUGCCGAGGAGUUAAUGAUCGAUAUUAUCUUGGAGAAGGAAGGGCUCAAGAUUUGAAUAACUAUGACCUUGUGCUAUUUGCCAAACAAAUCGCCGCCGGUAUGGUAUUCCUUGGAUCAAGGGGGGUAAGUAACUAAAAUGCUUCUACAUUCAAUUUUACCGCAGAAAUAUCUGUAAGGGAUUGUUAUACCUUUUGAGUUGCUUGAAUAUAGAUAUAUCUAAAUUAUAUGAAUCUUUUCGGAAGCAGGUUUCAUAUUCUUAAUGUUUCUCAAGAGUUUCUUUGGUGUUGUCAGUGGGUCACCUAAUGUUGCAGUCAUUUUGGUACAUGUUUGGUCUGUAAUGAACACCUUAGGAACAAGAGGUCUUACAGCCCAUGCAAACGUCUGUAUAAUCUUCCCUCUGAUCAUGGUAGGUCUCACAAAAGACAUACAUUUGUUAGCCAGUGUACAUUUUGGAUCUUUGUCUUUCGGUAGAUAAUCCAUCGUGACCUGGCAGCUCGAAACGUCCUCCUUGAUAACAACUAUGUGUGCAAAGUGACCGACUUUGGCAUGGCAUAUCAAAACUUCAAAUAUGGUCAUGGAAAUGCCAAAAAGGUAGAAGAUCGUCUUUGCUUUAUCUUUUUUGCAGUGGCACUUGAAAACAGAUUCCUAAGGUUAGCCCUAACUCUGCUUAAAAUUCACCUUGACUGCUAACUGAAGAUAGCUCCACGUUCUGCCAUGCCAUAGAGUACAAUUGAGUUAGUUGACUUUAUCAUCUAAAUUUAUGACAUUUGCUAAAUUUUGACACUCCAUAAAGUCUCGGAAGAGGUGCAUCAACAACCUUACGUUACAUGCAUGUCCUCUGUUAACUCACCAGUAUUAAAACACUUAUUUUUAAAAACUGUCGUUGCAGGGCCGUUUGCCAAUAAAAUGGACUGCACCAGAGAUUUUGUUGGGAAAUUUCGCUGGACUUUCCACCUUGAGUGACGUGUAUGUAUGAUGUAUAUUUUUGCACUGAGCAGGCCAUCUCUUUGGUUUUUGUCUUUACAAGCUCACUUAGAGAAUAUCUCGGCAAUACUUUUUCGAAAUUUUUUCAGGUGGUCUUACGGAAUCGUUCUGUAUGAGAUAGUUACCCUUGGUAAGUCAAACAAAUAUUUAUACUUCCCAUGUGUGGAAAUGUUGUAGGUAUCGUUUCUGGAACUCGUCAGCAAUGUCAAUGCCUUUAGGACCCAAUUGGCAGACGUUAGUUUGAUGAUGUGCCAAAGUUUACGCUAAUGAUGAAUUUUGCUCAGCUUGUCGAAGUUUCAUUCUCUGUAACUGAGAACCGUUGUUUCAGGACUUUCCUCGCCCUGACUAUCACUUAAGACGAGUAGCAUUUUGUGUUCUACUUAAAAUGACGAAAAACCUUUCAAAUUACUUGGCAGAAAAGCGGUAAUCAAUUACAGAAAACAUCAGGCUAGGAAACAUCAUGUUUCGAAUGCGGUCAAGCACUAGAAGUGGAUCUCUCUGAUUUAAAUCUCAACGAUUUCAAACGAAAUAUUUGGGUGUAUCACGGCCACAAUUUGUUUAUUUCUUCGCAGGAGGAAUUCCAUAUGAGGGAUGGUCAGAAGGGAAUGUUGUUGCACGAGUCACACAUGGAUACAAACUUCCAAAGCCCGAUCAUGUUGAUGAUAAACUGUGAGUCUUGCCUUUCAAGUUGCCAUGUUCCAUUUUAAAUCACCCAAUCCCCCCAAUCCCGAAGGAAAACAUUUUCUCCAUAUAUCCAUCCACGGGUAUAUAACGAACUCACAAUUGACCAGCUCCCAGUUGGCUUGAUAGCUCAGUUGGUUAGAGCGCUGCACCGGUAUUCGCAGAGGUCAUGGGUUCGAUUCCCGUUCAGGCCUGAAUUUUUUUCAGGCCUUAUUUCUCAACUGCUUAAGUUGAGUAUAUACUGUGAUGAUCUUCAUUUGCUUAAAAAGUGUGUGAUAUAUAAGGUGUAUAAAAUGCAUUUCAAUUUUGAUAUUCGUUUAUUCAGAGGCUCGUCAUAAUUUAUUUAAAAACACUCGUUGGACAGCUUUCUCAAAUUGGUUAAAAGUACUCUUUCUUUCUCGAUUGAUAUCGCUCAAGUCCAGACCAGACCAUUAAAAACUCCGCUUGAUCUCUGCCAAUAAGAUGUUUGGCUGCAGAAAAAUAUAAAAACAUCUUGCAUUUAUUGAUUUUCUUCGCCGAGGUGACUUCGAACUUUUAGCGAUAUUGCAAGCGUUAUAGCCAUUAUGCAAAUUAGUUCAUUGAGCAAACUCCGACCGUUUUAUGUGAGUAGCUCAAUAAAAAGCGAAAGACGUCAACAACAGCGUAUCGAAUAUCAUAAUUUGAUUAGCACUCGCAAAUUCCUUUUUAAAAAUUUAGCUUCUGUUAUUUCAUAUUUGAGUUCUGAUGGCUUACCCUAUUCAAACCUGUAUGAACAUUUCAAAAUUAAACUACAGGAUUCUACUUAGUGUAACUGGCGAUAACAGCACACACUAAAUUCACCGUGACCAGUGACUCUGUCACGUAAUUCCAUCGUGUGAUUGUCCUGAAUACUUCUCACGUCUAAAUAAAGCAGCGAUUUCUCGGAUUUCUAGCUGAAAAAAAAUUAUAUUUGAGCGUCACAUCUGUCUGCAUAACAGUCUCUGUUCAUAAGUUUGAAGAGUUCUUGUAAAAAAAGAUAUCGCAUUCGCAUAACGGGUGGACGUCAUAACUAGAUUGCAUAACACCUGCACUCCGAAAUAAUUUCCUCCAUUUUUGCAAGAGGUGCUGCAUUUUUAUCUUGCAUUUUGAACGCGAGCUCAAAAUGUUCGCGUAUGUCUCUUAGCAUCUUGACUUUGAGACUAAACAACCUUGCUUCUCUUGCCAACGAGAACACAUCAUAGAUAUCAAACACGAUUGGAUGUUUCAAUCUAUCUCAUCCAUUACUGUGUUCCUCGCCUCUCUCAAACACCCUUCGUCUACAUCAGACGCGGAUGCUUCUAUCAAGUGGUCGUCUGCGUCGGUGGCAUCAUCCGACUCUUGUUGUAUUUUUGAUCGCUGUUUAAGGCACAAUCUCGAGAAGAAACCCUGAAUCUGUAUGUUGGAUAACCACUCUGUUCUAUCGAACAUUCUCUCUCCAUCUAUUGUGCAAGCAGUUCGCAUAUCCUUUGCUACUUUCUCUGGGUUUGGUUUCUGCCAGUUUCUCAUCCGAUAUUAAAUUUCUGUUUCAAGUACUGCCUGACGUUUUGCGAAAGCCGUUCAGUUGCACCUCUCUUAUGAAGAGUCCAUCCCAUGGGAAGCUUUGAUGUACUUGUCAAGGGUUCUGUGGCCACUGCAACCAGUUCAGUCGAACUUUCACCCUCUAAUGACAAUGACUGAAAUUAAUGAACCCACUACCUCUUCACUUUGUCAUAAAGACUUUAAGUCAUGCUCGCAGGCACAGGACUUACAUGAUGAACUAGCUAAUUCAUAUGGAAGUCAAGGUCGGCCUGCGUCUUAAAAUCUUCAUCGCAACCAGCUUCAGGGCAUUGAUAGGAACUACCGUCGUUGCCAUCAUUGCUUUCUCCUGCUGAUGCAGUUCGUCGAGCAGUAGUGGGGAAAAAUGGAAUCUCCUUCACCAGAUCCGUCAUUUUUUCUGUGGAAAAAUUGCAAUUUUAAUUUCACCGAAUAAACUUUCCAGACCCAACAUUAAACGCUCUCCAAACGCGCAGGCCCUCUUGUGUAAGUUGCUGAAAGUGGCAAUCUUGAUGUCCGAGCCCUCGUAGAGAUGAUACUAGCUUACUGUUGUGAUAGCAACCUGCUUCAUCCGUAACUUUAUGGUGACAAAGAGAUUUUCUAGGACUGACAGCACUGAAAACCAGUCUUUUUUACAGCUGUUAAGAAGUUCUACUUAUCAGGUUACUUCCAGGCUUUCCUCCUGUCUUACAACAACGCUACUCACAUGCCAAUUGAUUUCCCGCUUGGGAAACCAUUCUGCUUGCUUUUCCCGGAACUUCAUCGCUAUGAACUUCAUUGUCCAGUCAACUAUUAUAAAUGCUUCAUCUCCCUCCAAAGUAUCGACAAUUUGCCGCUCGUACUGAUCCUGGUUUCUGCUCUCAGGAUAUACCCUCUCCAUUCAAAGAUCUUAGCGGCAGCAUUUUUUGCUUCAUACAGGUAGUCUUCCGCUUGAAACCUUCCUAAUUGCAUUGUAUACUCAGAAAUAGCGCCUUUUACUUCUUCAAGAACACUCUUCAGCAUCUCACAAUCCUCACACUUCACGUUGUGACUGUGACUGCAUACUUUCUGAACUUCAGUGUCACCAGCAUGGCUCAGUGCAAAGACCCUACAGUGAUCGGCACAUUUGCUAUCAACCUCUUCGCAGUGAUUACGGUAUGUAGUCUUCAAAUACAACUUGCGAACUUCUUUACACUAGUCCUUUUCUGCUCCCACGCUUUCCAAUUCAUCUAUAAUUUGAAGAAAAUCCUUGAAACCAUCCGCUCCCUCAGCUGUAAACCUCUAUAUAACGCCAUACAUCUUAGAAAUGGCCUUUGACUUUUGCAAAUUGACAGAAUACCGGCUAUUUAGACCUUUGGAAUCGCUACCAGGGUGUGUCGGAUACUGACAGGCUGAACUUUGGCGCCAGAACUUCCCAUAAGUGUGCCUAUGCCAUAACUGAGUCUUCUACAUCGAACAGGCCAGCCCUUGCAAAGAUAAGCUCUCCUUCUGUGAAACUCUCUUUUGACAAAUGGAUUAAGCAGAGAUGACUCUUUAUUGAGUCAGUACACUGAGGCAAGUUAAACAAACCGGAAACUCCUCGUGAGUCUUCGAACGAAGUUUCUGAAGAACGCGACUGAAAACAGGACUUCUUUUGGCGAAUACCGCUUCAAGAAUUUAGUGUUAUCAAUCCCAAGCAAACCAGUACCGAAAGAGACAUAUGAAUUACAGCUAAUACAAUUACGCACUUUACAGUACAGAUAUAGCUAAUUGUUGGAAAAAUGAGGUCACACAUACCGUAAUAAUUCAUUUCCUCAAAAAUCGCGGGGUCCUUUUCCACAAGAACUCCCUAGAGUUCUGAAUGGAAACUUUCAUAAAGACAAGUGUGCAGACAAAAUUUCUCUUAUUCCUGCCGACCAGAAUUCGGAUCCAAAAGGCGAUGUUAUCGCUGCUUUAUUAAGAAGGGAGAAGCAAUUGAGGAUAAUUACACAUGUACAAUUGAAUUAUGUGACAGUGGUCACGGUGUAUUUCAGUGUGUGCUGUUAUCGCCGGUUACACUAAAUAGAAUCCUGUAGUUUGGUUUUGAAAUGUUCAUACAGGUUUGAAUAGCGUAAGCCAUCAGAACUCAAAUAUGAAUAACAGAAGCCAAAUUUUUAAAAAGGGUUUGCGAGCGCUAAUCAAAUUAUGAUAUUCGAUACGUUGUUGUUGACGUCUUUCGUCACGAGAUAAUAAUAUUUGUCAAAUUUUGCAAAAGCUCUGUCCUACUAUAUUUUCUACUUAAAAUGGUUAAAAUCUAAGAUUUAUUGAGCUACUCACAUAAAACGGUCGGAGUUUGCUCAAUAAACUAAUUUGCAUAAUGGCUGUAACGCUUGCAAUAUCGCUAAAAGUUCGAAGUCACCUCGGCGAAGAAAAUCAAUAAGUGCAAGAUGUUUUUAUAUUUUUCUGCAGCCAAACAUCUUAUUAGCAGAAAUCAAGCGGAGUUUUUAAUGGUCUGGUCUGGACUUGAGCAAUAUCAAUCGAGAAAGAAAGAGUACUUUUAAUCAAUUUCAGAAAGCUGUCCAACGAGUGUUUUUAAAUAAAUUAUGACGAGCCUCUGAAUAAACGAAUAUCAAAAUUGAAAUGCAUUUUAUACACCUUAUAUAUCACACACUUUAAGAAUACAAUUUUUUUUGUUGUAUGCGGUGUGAUACGAGGACCGGGCUAUUCAACUUUUGAAAUUUUCGAUGUCGCAAGAGGUCAAAAAAGGGCCUUUUGCAGCUUUGACUUUUGAUAGCUCUAAAAAUUUUAUUUUGAGGUAUUUCCAGAAACUAAUGUGGUUUUAUUUACUUGUUACCAAAAAUAGUUUAUUGGGCAAAGUUUGAGGGAAACCUUUUUUCCGAUGCGAAAUGCCCUGGACCGCUCUUACAGAGAUCGCCUCUUAAAAGUUGUCUUUUCACUCAAGAAUAUUGAAAAGAUGAAUUUUCAGCUAUUACAGCCAGACAUUUCUUAUUAUUUUAGCCAUUAUUUUCCCAGGGCUCUCCUAAGAUUUCUGUAUUGGUUGAUUUUUAUCACAUAUUACAUAAACCACAGUCCAGUAUUGACCAUCAUUCCUUUAUUCCAGGUAUGCUAUAAUGGAAAGGUGCUGGAAUUUUGACCCCGACUUUCGUCCUCCCUUUGAAAGCCUUCGAAGAAGAAUGGAUACCUACCUUCGUGAAGAGGUUUGUAGCACAAUUUGAACGAGUCCUUGACGGCCUCUAAGAUUAUUUAUUCCUCUAAAAUUACUUCAUAGACCAUUGCUCUUUCAAAGUUGGUUUCAGUAGAUUAAUGGAAUUGAUUUAAUUGAUUUAGGAUUGUAUUGGUUUCUUCUAACUAUGGCUGGGGCCGCUUGCGGGAAUUUCAGUGCCUUGAGCUUUCAUUUUGACGGCUUCUGCUUGUAGUUAAGUUUCUUACUAUUUGCUCCAGCUUAUCGAUGUUUUUCAAGUUUUAACAAAUUUAAACUUAAAACGCGCCAAGAUGUCCCAUGCCCACGAACCCAUCUAUAUGUCACCAUUCCUUCCGCCCUUCCAGCUACUUCCCUUCCAAACUGCCUGAGAAUUUACAUUCAUAGUAAAGGUUGAUGGGAGAGUAUAACGGGGUAAUUUGGUAUUUUCAACUGAGUUGAUAACGUUAAUUGGCCACCUUUAAGAGUUUAAAAGCUGACGUUUAGAGCGUCAAAGCGAGUGGCAAAGUUCUAACGCUCGAAACGUCAGCUUUUAGACUCUUUACGGUGGCCAAUUUACAUUAUCAACUCAGUUGAAAAUACCAAAUUACCCAUCUACAUUCAUAACUUCCACCUUACCAACCAACCUGCCUAAGAAAACACAUUACUCUGUGCCUUUAAAGCGAGGAUCAUUUCUGUGCUUUGAAGUAGUCAUUACAAUUUUCUUCUUGACUUGAAGUUAGAGAAUAUUGUGACGAUCAUGAAAACCCUCUUUUAUUGCUUUCCCCUUUAGACAUAUCUACAGCUGCUCGACAUGGGAUCUUAUGACACGACCAAAUACUCCAAGGUUGAAGAUCUCGGAGGUGCAGAUGCCGAACCAAGUGCACGACCUCUAAGUAACGCCGUGGCAAAGAGAUUAGGAAAGUGGGCCAGCGACCGUCGUUAGACAGUGUCAUUUUGAAUAUGGCUUAGGAACCAAGCACUUUGUAGUGUAUCAAGUAUUAGAAGAAAAUGUGUACUGGUGAUAACGGUGAUAAUUUAAGGGUCUUAUUGUGUUAUAAUUAACCAAAGCUGUUUCCUUAAUGAGGCACCUUUAAGUCAGUUUUUUCUUAAGUCGCAGUUGAUAAAUAACUCGAUUUAGCUGAUAAACUCCGGAUUUUUAAAAAAGGAGGUUAUAAAUGAGAAAGCAGCUCGUCUAUUUAGAUUUCUGUACUGGGCAAUUUGUUUGCCACUACUUACUGGUGAAACAAUACGACUAGUUGUUAGCAAUCAUGCGAUUGAAGCGUCCCCCGCUGGUGAUAUAGUCCUGGUAAGAUAUUUAGUAGUUUAGUAUUGAUUUAGUCAAGGACCUUUCAGUAGCGUGUCCUUUAUCGACGAGAUUGGUGACAUGUCUUGUAAUGUGGUGUUACAUAGGUCGUAAAUUCCUUAAAUUUCGGGGCAUUGGUAUCAGAAAACAAAAAAAAAGUGCAUCGCUAUUGGUAUGUUUACUCUAACUUUCUUGUUGUUACUGUUAAGUGCUUUUUCAUAAACGGUGAGAACCGUUCCAAUAGAGUGAUUCUAAAAUUAAAUUAAUUAAGUUAUUUUCCCAAUAUUUUCGACUCGUACAAGAAACAGAGAGCGCUAUUCAGAGGGGUUGUGGCUGAUAGACAGACCUUUGCUAUGAUGAAAUGAACCGCUUAUUUCGAAGUGGAAAUGUCGCUAGAGCAAGGAUGAGCGUUUAUUUCUGUACAUUAUCGAAACACACUAAGCUGUAUUUAAAAUUUUGUAAAACACUCUAUACAAUAUCUGCAAUAAAAGAGUAGAAGCUUACCUUAGGGCAUUAUUCACAAUGGUGUAUUACUAUUCAAGCCGCUCCAGAUAUACACAGGAG